CAUCCGCCACCAUGAACAGGAUUCUGGUUUCAAGGCAACUCAGAGCCAGAGCCCCGCAAACGGCCUUGAGCUGGUUCACUUCACUCAAUAUCUCCAGAUCUAUUCAUGGGGUACCCUUUGCAACCGUUGAAGUGGAAGAGAUAUCGGGUUCACAGCCUGCUGAAGUUCUCAACUUGGUGCAGGGUAAAUGGAAGAACACUAAUAGAUGGAACACAAUUUUGGAUCCUUUAAAUGGGGAGCCAUUCAUUAGAGUUUGCGAAGUUGAUGAAACAGGAAUACAGCCGUUUGUGGAGAGCUUGUCCAAGUGCCCCAAACAUGGUCUUCACAAUCCAUUCAAAGCACCAGAGAGGUAUCUUAUGCUUGGGGACAUAUCUGCAAAGGCAGGUCACAUGCUUUCCUUGCCGAAGGUUUCUGAUUUCUUCACAAGAUUAAUACAAAGGGUUGCUCCAAAGAGUUACCAGCAGGCUUCUGGUGAAGUUUAUGUCACUCAAAAAUUUCUUGAGAAUUUCUCCAGCGAUCAGGUCCGCUUCCUUGCAAGAUCUUUUGGGGUGCCUGGAAAUCAUCUUGGACAGCAAAGUCAUGGUUUCCGUUGGCCUUAUGGUCCUGUUGCAAUCAUUACCCCCUUUAAUUUUCCACUAGAAAUUCCUGUACUUCAGUUGAUGGGUGCACUUUAUAUGGGUAACAAACCAGUCCUCAAAGUUGAUAGUAAGGUAAGCAUUGUUAUGGAGCAAAUGAUGAGGCUGCUUCAUUACUGUGGGCUACCGACAGAGGAUGUUGACUUCAUAAAUUCUGAUGGGCAGACAAUGAACAAGCUACUAUUAGAGGGAAAUCCACGAAUGACCCUUUUCACUGGUAGCUCAAGAGUGGCAGAUAAGUUGGCUGGCGACCUGAAGGGUCGUGUUAAGUUGGAAGAUGCAGGAUUUGACUGGAAGAUUUUAGGGCCUGACGUUCAUGAGGAAGACUAUGUUGCAUGGGUCUGUGAUCAGGAUGCAUAUGCAUGUAGUGGUCAGAAGUGCUCUGCACAAUCGAUGCUCUUCAUCCAUGAGAACUGGUCUAAGACGUCACUUCUAUCCAAAAUGAAAGAUCUGGCUGAGAGAAGGAAUUUAGAAGAUUUAACCAUUGGCCCUGUCCUUACAUUCACGACCGAAGCAAUGCUAGAACACAAGAAUAAAUUACUUCAGAUACCAGGUUCAAAGGUACUCUUUGGGGGCGAACCUUUAACGAAUCAUUCCAUUCCACCCGUAUAUGGUGCUAUAGAACCUACGGCCAUUUUUGUUCCACUUGAAGAAAUACUGAAGGACAAGAACUAUGAACUCGUAACAAGAGAAAUUUUUGGGCCAUUUCAGAUUGUUACCGACUAUAAGAACGAUCAACUCCCACUGGUGUUGGAUGCUCUAGAGAGGAUGCAUGCACAUUUAACAGCUGCUGUCGUUUCAAACGAUCCACUGUUUCUACAGGAAGUUAUUGGGAACACGGUAAACGGAACUACUUAUGCUGGACUGAGAGCAAGAACAACCGGAGCUCCACAGAAUCACUGGUUUGGACCGGCUGGAGACCCGAGGGGAGCUGGCAUUGGGACCCCAGAAGCAAUAAAGCUGGUGUGGUCUUGCCAUAGAGAAAUCAUCUACGAUGUUGGUCCAGUGCCAAAGCAAUGGCAAACUCCACCUUCUACCUGAGAGCGUCAUUAGUACUCGAAG